UCUCGCUUAGUAACCCGCUGCCGCGGCAAUUCCUAAAGCAAUUCCUAAAGCUGGCCCCGCCCCCAGGUCUCCGGGGCGGGUGGCGACACCUGUCUCCCGCAGCGACAGCGUGAGGGAGCCCACCCUCUUGUGCUGCAGGCCGGGAGGGAGGACGGGCGGCGGGCUCCGGGACGCGGCUGCGAGCAGAGAUCCAGGGUUGGCGAAGGAAGCAGCCCAGCGUCGUGGGAUUCUCGGUUCAAUCAGAGCCGUCCUCGAAGAUUCUCUGCGCGCCGCAAACUUGUGUGAGCGAGCCGGCUGACGGGCACUGGACGAUGCGGAUCCCGGUGCUGGAAGGCGGGGCGACCCUCCCGAGAACCGCGCCCCGGGGCCGCAGCCCGCAGGUGCCGUGAGGCGCGCGCCCCGCAGACUCGGCGCCGGGGGCGGGGCGGGGCGGCCGGCAGGGUCCUGCGGUCGCGGCAGAGGAUGGUGGCGGGCGCCCUGCUGGGCCGAGCGCGCACGGGGCCGCGGGGAGCAGCGCCCGGGGCCGCCCUCUGAGCCGCGCCGCGCCGCGCCGCGCAGACCCGCGCACAGCCGCCUCAGUCCGGGCCUGGGCCGGGACACAGCCGGGGGCGCCGGGCCGCGAGGGGUCGCUCAUCAUGGCGGAUCGCAGCGCGCCCGGCUGCCAGCUCCGGCUCGAGUGGGUGUACGGCUACCGGGGCCACCAGUGCCGGAACAACCUGUACUACACGGCCGGCAAGGAGGUGGUCUACUUCGUGGCCGGGGUCGGGGUGGUCUACAGCAGCCGCGAGCACAGCCAGAAAUUCUUCUUGGGACACAACGACGACAUCAUUAGCCUUGCCUUACACCCAGAUAAAACUCUUGUUGCAACUGGCCAAGUUGGGAAAGAGCCAUAUAUAUGCAUAUGGGAUUCCUAUAAUGUCCAGACUGUGUCUAUUCUUAAAGAUGUCCACACACAUGGAGUUGCCUGCCUGGCUUUUGACUCAGAUGGACAGCGUUUGGCCUCUGUGGGACUGGAUGCCAAAAACACAGUCUGCAUUUGGGAUUGGAGGAAGGGAAAACUUCUGGCCUCAUCCACUGGCCAUUCUGACCGGAUUUUUGAUAUUUCCUGGGAUCCAUAUCAGCCAAACAGAGUGGUGAGCUGUGGAGUGAAACAUAUAAAGUUCUGGACACUAUGUGGAAAUGCCCUGACUGCAAAAAGAGGGAUAUUUGGCAAGAUGGGGGAUCUUCAGACCAUUCUUUGCCUUGCAUGUGCCAAAGAAGAUAUUACCUACUCUGGUGCUUUAAAUGGUGACAUCUAUGUCUGGAAAGGGCUCAAUUUACUCCGCACCAUUCAAGGAGCACACAGUGCUGGAAUAUUUAGCAUGUAUGCUUGUGAAGAAGGCUUUGCCACGGGUGGACGAGAUGGGUGUAUACGGCUAUGGGACACGGAUUUCAAACCAAUAACCAAAAUUGACCUCAGGGAGACAGAACAAGGAUAUAAAGGUCUCUCUAUCCGGAGUGUGUGCUGGAAAGCAGACCGCCUGCUAGCAGGGACCCAGGACAGUGAAAUCUUCGAAGUGAUUGUGCGAGAACGAGACAAGCCCAUGUUGAUCCUGCAAGGCCACUGUGAGGGGGAGCUCUGGGCUCUGGCCCUACACCCCAAGAAGCCACUGGCAGUGACUGGCAGCGAUGACCGCUCUGUUAGGCUGUGGAGCCUGGCUGACCAUGCACUGAUCGCCCGAUGUAACAUGGAGGAAGCAGUUCGCAGUGUUACGUUCAGCCCAGAAGGAUCCCAGUUGGCCCUGGGCAUGAAGGAUGGCUCUUUCAUUGUUCUCCGAGUCAGAGAUAUGACAGAAGUGGUUCAUAUCAAAGACCGAAAAGAAGUCAUCCAUGAAAUGAAAUUCUCUCCAGAUGGGUCUUACCUUGCGGUGGGCUCCAAUGAUGGUCCAGUAGAUGUUUAUGCUGUCGCCCAGCGCUACAAGAAAAUUGGAGAAUGCAACAAGUCUCUUAGUUUCAUCACACAUAUCGACUGGUCCCUGGACAGCAAGUACUUGCAAACCAAUGAUGGUGCCGGAGAGCGGCUGUUCUACAAAAUGCCAUCUGGAAAACCUUUGACCAGUAAAGAAGAGAUCAAAGGGGUCCUCUGGGCUUCCUGGACAUGUGUGAAAGGGCCCGAAGUGAGUGGGAUUUGCCCAAAAUACACUGAUGUCACGGACAUCAACUCUGUGGAUGCAAACUACAAUAGCUCUGUUUUGGUGUCAGGGGAUGACUUUGGACUGGUCAAGCUGUUUAAGUUCCCUUGUCUCAAGAAAGGAGCCAAGUUUAGAAAGUAUGUGGGCCACUCUGCACAUGUCACAAACGUCCGAUGGUCCCACGACUUCCAGUGGGUGUUGAGUACAGGAGGCGCUGACCACUCAGUCUUCCAGUGGCGAUUUAUUCCAGAAGGUGUCAGCAAUGGUCUGCUGGAAGCUGCACCCCAAGAAGGCGGCACGGAUUCCUACAGUGAAGAAUCGGAUUCAGAUUUAUCUGAUGUGCCUGAGCUGGACUCUGAUAUUGAACAGGAAACACAAAUCAAUUAUGAUCGCCAGGUUUACAAAGAAGAUCUACCUCAGCUAAAGCAACAGAAUAAAGAGAAAAACCACGCAGUCCCCUUCCUCAGACGAGAAAAGGCUCCUGAGGACAGCUUGAAACUCCAGUUCAUACAUGGUUACAGAGGCUACGACUGCAGAAACAACCUGUCGUACACACAAGCUGGGGAGGUGGUCUACCACAUUGCGGCAGUGGGCGUGGUCUACAACCGGCAGCAGCACUCGCAGAGGCUGUACCUGGGACACGACGACGACAUCCUCAGCCUGACCAUCCACCCAGUGAAAGACUACGUCGCCACCGGGCAGGUUGGAAGAGAUGCUGCGAUCCACGUGUGGGACACACAGACUCUCAAGUGCUUGUCACUGCUGAAAGGACAACAUCAGAGGGGGGUGUGUGCUCUUGACUUCUCGGCCGAUGGAAAGUGUCUGGUGUCUGUGGGUUUAGACGAUUUCCACAGCAUUGUCUUUUGGGACUGGAAAAAGGGAGAAAAGAUAGCUACAACAAGGGGGCACAGAGACAAGAUAUUCGUGGUGAAGUGUGACCCGCACCACAUCGACAAGCUGGUCACUGUUGGGAUGAAGCACAUUAAGUUCUGGCAGCAAGCAGGUGGGGGGUUCACCUCUAAGAGAGGAGUGUUUGGAAGUGUUGGGAAGUUGGAAACAAUGAUGUGUGUUUCUUAUGGGCGAGUGGAAGAUUUGGUGUUCUCUGGAGCAGCCACUGGCGACAUUUUCAUUUGGAAGGACAUUCUGCUACUGAAGACAGUGAAGGCUCAUGACGGACCUGUGUUUGCUAUGUAUGCACUGGACAAGGGUUUUGUGACAGGUGGAAAGGAUGGGAUCGUGGAGCUCUGGGAUGAUAUGUUUGAGAGAUGCUUGAAGACAUACGCCAUAAAAAGAGCAGCACUGUCAGCGAGCUCAAAAGGCUUGCUGUUGGAAGAUAACCCUUCAAUACGUGCCAUCACUUUGGGACAUGGACAUAUCCUGGUGGGAACAAAAAAUGGGGAGAUCCUGGAAAUUGACAAAAAUGGUCCAAUGACACUGCUUGUUCAGGGGCACAUGGAAGGAGAAGUAUGGGGGCUGGCAGCGCACCCCCUCCUGCCCAUCUGUGCAACAGUGAGCGAUGAUAAAACACUCCGGAUCUGGGAACUGUCCUCUCAGCACCGUAUGCUGGCAGUACGGAAACUCAAAAAAGGUGGACGGUGCUGUGCCUUUUCUCCAGAUGGGAAAGCCUUAGCAGUUGGCUUGAAUGAUGGGAGUUUCCUAGUGGUAAAUGCUGACACUGUUGAAGAUAUGGUCUCCUUCCACCACAGAAAAGAAAUGAUCUCUGAUAUCAAAUUUUCAAAAGAUACAGGGAAAUACCUGGCUGUGGCAUCUCAUGAUAACUUUGUGGAUAUCUAUAAUGUGCUUACAAGCAAAAGGGUUGGCAUCUGCAAAGGGGCUUCUAGUUACAUCACACAUAUCGACUGGGACUCUAGAGGAAAAUUAUUGCAAGUUAAUUCUGGUGCCAAAGAACAACUCUUUUUUGAAGCUCCAAGAGGCAAGCGGCAUAUAAUAAGACCUUCAGAGAUUGAGAAGAUAGAGUGGGACACAUGGACCUGUGUCCUGGGGCCCACCUGUGAGGGGAUCUGGCCCGCUCACAGUGACGUGACUGACGUCAAUGCUGCCAGCCUCACCAAAGACUGCGCCCUCCUCGCCACCGGAGAUGACUUCGGCUUCGUUAAGCUUUUUUCAUAUCCUGUCAAGGGUCAGCACGUGAGAUUCAAGAAGUACGUGGGACACAGCGCCCAUGUCACCAAUGUGAGGUGGCUUCACAACGACUCUGUGCUGCUCACAGUGGGUGGUGCAGACACGGCCUUGAUGAUCUGGACAAGGGAGUUCGUGGGGACCCAGGAGAGCAAGCUGGUGGACAGUGAGGAGUCAGACACAGACGCAGAAGAGGAUGGAGGUUAUGACAGUGACGUUGCCCGAGAGAAGGCCAUCGACUACACCACCAAGAUCUAUGCUGUGAGCAUCAGGGAAAUGGAAGGCACCAAGCCACACCAACAACUGAAGGAAGUUUCAGUGGAGGAAAGGCCACCUGUUAGCAGAGCCGCCCCCCAGCCUGAGAAACUUCAGAAGAAUAAUGUUACCAAAAAAAAGAAGCUGGUCGAGGAGCUGGCUCUUGACCACGUGUUUGGCUAUCGAGGAUUUGACUGUCGGAAUAACCUGCAUUAUUUGAAUGAUGGCGCCGACAUCAUCUUCCACACAGCAGCAGCUUGUGUCAUUCAGAACCUCUCCACAGGGAGCCAGAGCUUCUACCUGGAGCACACAGAUGACAUCCUCUGCCUCACUGUGAACCAGCACCCCAAAUACAGGAAUGUGGUGGCCACCAGCCAGAUAGGAGCGACACCGUCUAUCCACAUCUGGGACGCCAUGACCAAACACACCCUCUCCAUGCUGCGGUGCUUCCACUCCAAGGGGGUAAACUAUGUCAACUUCAGCGCCACUGGGAAGCUGCUGGUGUCCGUGGGCGUGGACCCUGAGCACACUAUCACUGUGUGGCGGUGGCAGGAAGGCGCCAGGAUUGCCAGCCGUGGAGGUCACCUGGAGCGCAUCUUCGUGGUGGAGUUUCGCCCCGACUCAGACACACAGUUUGUGUCCGUGGGAGUCAAACACAUGAAGUUCUGGACCCUGGCAGGCAGCGCUCUGCUCUACAAGAAAGGGGUCAUUGGGUCCAUGGAGGCGGCCAAGAUGCAGACGAUGCUCUCUGUGGCCUUCGGUGCUAACAACCUCACUUUCACGGGUGCCAUCAGCGGCGACGUCUAUGUGUGGAAAGACCACUUCCUCGUGCGGCUGGUGGCCAAAGCGCAUACAGGGCCGGUCUUCACCAUGUACACUACCCUGCGGGACGGGCUCAUUGUGACCGGUGGCAAAGAGCGGCCGACCAAAGAAGGAGGUGCUGUGAAGCUGUGGGACCAGGAGAUGAAACGCUGCCGGGCCUUCCAGCUGGAGACAGGGCAGGCAGUGGAGUGUGUGCGUUCCGUGUGCCGAGGCAAAGGGAAAAUUUUAGUGGGAACCAAAGAUGGAGAGAUCAUUGAAGUUGGUGAGAAGAAUGCUGCUUCCAACAUUCUGAUUGACGGCCAUAUGGAAGGGGAGAUCUGGGGUCUGGCCACACACCCGUCAAAGGAUAUCUUUAUCUCUGCCAGCAAUGACGGCACAGCCCGGAUUUGGGAUCUGGCUGACAAGAAGCUGCUGAACAAGGUGAGCCUGGGCCACGCAGCCAGGUGUGCAGCCUACAGCCCUGAUGGGGAGAUGGUGGCCAUCGGCAUGAAGAAUGGAGAGUUUGUCAUCCUGUUGGUGAACAGCCUGAAGAUAUGGGGGAAAAAACGAGACCGGAAGUCCGCCAUCCAAGACAUCAGAAUCAGCCCAGACAGUAGAUUCUUGGCCAUCGGCUCAUCUGAACACACAGUUGACUUCUACGAUCUCACUCAGGGCACCAGCCUAAACCGCAUUGGCUACUGCAAAGACAUCCCCAGCUUCGUCGUCCAGAUGGACUUCUCCGCAGACGGCAAAUACAUCCAGGUGUCAACUGGAGCCUACAAACGCCAGGUGCAUGAGGUCCCUGUGGGGAAACAGAUUACUGACGCCGCGGCCAUUGAGAAGAUCACCUGGGCCUCCUGGACAAGCAUUCUGGGAGAUGAAGUCAUCGGCAUCUGGCCACGGAAUGCAGACAAGGCAGAUGUGAACUGUGCAUGUGUGACCCAUGCUGGCCUGAACAUUGUCACAGGAGACGACUUUGGGCUGGUGAAGCUCUUUGACUUCCCAUGCGCAGAAAAAUUUGCCAAGCAUAAACGCUACUUCGGUCACUCAGCUCACGUAACAAACAUCCGUUUCUCUCACGAUGACAAGUACGUGGUCAGCACUGGAGGAGACGACUGCAGUGUGUUUGUGUGGAGAUGUCUGUAAAAGCCAGAACAGUUCCCAUUGCUGCUGCUGCCACCCAGCCACUGCAAGGCGGUGCGGUGACGAGAUGCCCUAGUGCCAUGGUCGCACAAACUCCCUGUGCCAGUGAAGUGGUACAGCUGUGAUAAGAAAGAAGGUCAGUUCUGAAAUGACUAAAAACCUAUAUGUACUAAAUGCAUUACCACCACCACCCCCAAUGUGAUAAUGUAGCCCACGGACAAAUUUUCAAGCCUCAGUUACCCUAACCUACCUGUAGCUUUUAAUUUGCAUCUAACUUUUUAUAGGAUGUUUUCUUAUGUUUUUAGAUACUCUCUAUCUCUCUCUCUAUAUAUAAAGAACCAUUUUUUAGAAAUAAGUUGACUCCGUUUAAGUUAGAUGUAGUAAGAAAUAACCUCUGUUCUCCAUAUUUAGCUUUCAAAAGCCAAAUGAGCCAUGUAUGAACUAGUUGAGAAAGUUACUUUUCCAGUGUUUAAUUUGCAGAAUUUUCCUAUCCAUUAAGUGCCUUUCAGAGUUCCUAGCUGUGUGGGCUGCUGUCUCGCCUCCCAUAAACUUUCUACAUGUGGUGCUAAAACUUCCAAACUAAGGAGGGCUAAGGACUCUUAGCCUGUCGCCCAUGUCAUGUGUUUCUGUCAAGGCUCCCUAAGUGACAAGCACCAGUGACCGGCUUAUAAAAUGGCGGCUAUCAGAGGGUGAGCAGCAAAGGGAAUUGGGGAGGAGGUGCAGAACAGGCCUCCAUUACUUCUAGUGCCAAACCUGCAGAAACUGAAGCAGCUGCAGGGUGAGCUGACACCAUUGAUUUUUUUUUUUCUUUCUUCAGGCCAGGGCCAGGCAGUGGCACAGCUGGUUAAGCACACACAUUACAGUGUGCAAGGACCCAGGCUCAAGCCCCUGGUACCCUACCUGCAGGUGUUUCUAUCCAAUAACAAACAUACUCGUUGGCCUGCCACAUCAUGUGGCCAUUAGUCCUUCUGGUCAGUGAAGUAAUAUUCAGGACCUUAAGUUAUUGGCUAGCUGUAGUUAUCAUUCUUAGUUCAGAGGAAAGGUAAAAAUGAAGCAUUUUCAACUAAGUACAUGAGCAUUCAUCACAGAAGUGCUUCAGCAUUCUCAAUGGGUUAGACCAUUCAGUAAGCUACUUUUAUAUUCCACUUUAUCAAUGCCUUACAUUAACUCAUGGAUAGGUUGUUGGGCCCACAGCUAGAGCCCCUGUGCAGUCCAGGUUCGUAACCCUGUGAUCACUGAGUGAUAACCAUGUCUGCCUAUAUUAUCCCACUUUUCAUACCAAUCACAUCUUGCAUUGAAAUAACCAUAUGUACGAUAUAUUUAAAGAGCAAUAGUGAGUGUGUGUCAAAAGUUCUGAAAUCCUAUUUGUAAAACAUUUAUAUGGUAUGGCUUUAUGUUAAAAUGUUGGUGCAUGAAUUUACUUUUAUUGAUCAAAGUAUGAAUACAUUAUAUUUAAAACCAUUUUGCUAUGUAUCCAAUAAAUGUGAUUCCAAUA